GAAAUGAUUCAUGGUUGAAAGCUCUAAAAAGUUGCAUCUCUGACUCAAACGUGAAACACAUGGACUCUAUAGACUUGACAGCUGGCGGAUAUGAUAAUUUGGAAUCAUCGAUGAAACUUAAGCUUUUAGUUUUCCUCUGUGAUGAAGGUCUUGGAACUGAAAAGAUAAGAAAUUGGAUUGAUGAUCAAAAUGUGAAGUAUGUUGAAAAUAGAAAGGAAGCAAAGGAGAAACAUUCGGUUGCAAAAGAUAAGGAGAAAACUAUAAAGCAGAAAAUGCAGGAUGAUAUUGCCAAAGCAAUCAUAGCGAAAGAAGGUGUUCCUCUUACUUUAGCUAAACAUGAUGCUAUUGUUUCUAAGAUCAAGAAUAAAGCAGCCGAAGCACAUGUUUAAAUGCUUGCAUGUAAAGAAAUGGUUC